GGCGUUUGGAGCCCCCUGUCGCCGGUCUUGGGGAUUUGAUAGCUUGAGUUCAAAAGCACAGCAACAGCCAGACUUUUCACGGAUCCUAAUUUUCAUACGGUUUUCUCAACCUUAAUCUCAGCCUGGAGCUCUGUUCCUCUAACUCUUGCAAAACAUAUACCGGAACCCAGCAGACAACCUCCCAAUCAUGAGCACUCCGGCGAAACGAAAGGCGGGGUCGCCUCCGCCCGAUUCUGCGCCUCCGGCCAAGCCGACGCCCUUUUCUCCCCAAUCUCCUGGUUCUGAAGGGAAAUCGCCUACUCCUGGCCCUGCAUCUCCGGCAAAGUCACCAUCGGUCGGCCCAGGGUCGCCGUCGGCCGAGACAUCUGGUGCUUUCUCUGGCGCACAUUGGAUUCAGCAAGGACUUCCGCAAGUUGACUCGGACGAUACGGAUUCAGCCCUCGGAAGUGAUAUUGAAAGCUCGACUGUCUCAAUCUCAUCGAGUAUUCUCAACUAUCGCACCAUCAACGGUCGAACCUACCACAGUGGUUCGGUGACAGACGGAGAAUACUGGGCCCCCAAUGAUCAAAAGAUGCUUGGAGCCCUAGAGAUCUACUACCACUCCAUCUUUCUUAUGAUGGACGAGCAGCUUUUCCAAGCCCCUCUCAAGGACGAUAUUAAGCAUGCCAUUGAUAUCGGUACUGGCGAAGGAUUCUGGGCAAUCGACUUUGCCGAUAAAUUUCCCAACUGCGAGUUGGUCGGUACGGAUAUCUCGCCUAUUCAACCCCAAUGGUGCCCGCCCAACUUGCACUUCGAGAUUGAUGAUGCGACUAAGGAAUGGACAUUCAAAGAGAAUUUUUUCGACUAUAUUCACAUCUCGUUCCUCAACGGCGCUAUCGAGAACUGGGGAAACUUGUACAAACAGGCUUAUCGGUGCUGCAAGCCUGGCGGUUGGGUUGAACACCUUGAUUGUUCGCCCAUCGUCUCGUGUGACGACGAAACCCUUCCUCCCGAUUCUGCAUUGGCCACAUACGGAAAAAUCAUGGCCGAGGCUGGAAGACGAAUUGGUAGGAGUCUGACCAUUGCUCAUGAUGGAACCCAAGAGCCCGGUUUGAAGGACGCGGGAUUUGUGAACCUCCAUACGAAGGAGUGGAAGCAACCCAUGUCUCCUUGGCCAAAAGACCCCAAGCAGAAGGAAAUAGGCCUCUACAACUACGCUGCUGUCACAUCGGACCUUGAGGGCGUUAUCCAAUUCCUCUUCCAACAAGUCAUGGGUUGGUCGACGGAGGAAAUCACGAUAUUUGCGGCGCACAUGCGUCAGGAGAUGAAGGAGCAGAAGAUCCACGGCUAUUGGACCUGGAAGGUUGUGUAUGGGCAAAAGCCGGAGGACGCGGAGUGAAGAAGGCAAACAAAUGAAACAGAACAAUGCAGGAACGCUUACCAUCCAAAAGGCACAUCGAGGCUGUGCAAAGUGUCAAACCGGAAAUAUCGGUCGAUCACUUUGUGUAAGCACCCAGAAACCCUGAUUGCGUGAAGACGUGGGGAAGACCAGAAUCUGGGGAAAGCCACCAACGGAGUUUGGAUAAACAAGGGGUGUAGAAGGGAAGGUCUUACCGGUCCUUUUGAGGCUCCCGACACUCUGGUUCAACGGCGUAGAAGGUGCCGCAUCUCGGGGACUGUGUUAGUAUGACCCAUUCGAAGAGCUGAGACGAUUUUGCAAGAACUAAGGGCCGUUA